AUGUCUUCGAUAGCAGAAGUGGAAGCCUUCCCGGAAGCCAUACGGUACUGGGAACGUGCAUAUGAUGGCAAAAUUUUAGACCCCGGCGAUAAAUAUCGUAUGGAAUUAUAUCCUGAUGGCUUCAAGACUCAAAUGCGUUUAACCAUUAGUAACCUACGCAAGGAUGACUUUGGCUUUUAUCAUUGUGUGGCUCGGAACGAACUUAAUGCAACAAUGGUCAAUUUUGAAAUUGCACCACAAGAUCCCAACAGUGAGACACCGUAUGUGGGCAAAGAAAUUAAAGUUUAUGGCCAAAGACCACCCGAAAGCAAUUGUCCAGUAUGUGAAGAAUGCCCCGAUCCAAGUUUAUAUCAGUGCAAGGACUCGAUUAAUUCCAACUUUGAAGUUCAACCGACUGGAAAUAAUAGUUAUCCUGGACUACCAAAACGUCAAAAAAGCUGCCUUUUGUAUGCCGUUGGCAAGCCUGUUUUCCAUAAAUCAGUGAACGAAACGUAUGGCUGUUGGUUGAGGGAUCCUGCUGCCAAAGAAACUGACCGUGAAAAAACCUUUGUUACCAAUGAAAACGACGCCUACAAUCUGUUUGAAUUCACAACGAAAAUACAGUAUCGUUUAAAUAACGUACCACGAAAAAAGUAUGGAAUCAGCGAAGGUUUUUAUGUAAGUAAUUGAGCACUAAAGGCUUUG